AUGGAAGAAGAAAGAUCAGAUUAAGUAUCCAUCGAACCUUUAUUCUUUCCAUCCAAAGAGAAUGAAUAAAAACUUAUUCAGUUUCUCUCUUAAGCCAAACAAUAUAUCCGUAUCUGUGUUUACACAUUUACCAAUAAAAAUAUUGUUGGCAAAAUGUUGUAGAUGAUGAAAGAGAAUCCUGAAUUAAAGAUUCAAGUGAUUACCGAUGAUGCUCAGACCAAGAUACCUUCAUAAAAAGCCAUCUUGGAUUAAAUAUUAGAAGAAGGAAAAGGAUAGGCAGAAAUCAAACUCGAUAAUUCAACAGUUAGUUUGAUGCACAAUAAAUAUUUAGUGAUCGAUACAGAUUACAUAGCCACAGGUUCCUUUAACUGGACUAAGUCUGCAGUUACAACCAACAAGGAAAACCUACUUUUAAUAAAAAGCAAGAAACUUGUACAACAAUUCGAUGAAAACUUCUAAUCACUUUGGAAAGACUUUAAAUUCAUGAAUGACAGAAUAUUAGAGCAACAACAACAAGAAAUAGACAAAGCUGAGAGAUAAAGAAUUAAGGCAGAGAAACUAGCUGACCAAGCUGCAAAAAAGGCAGAAUAAGAAGCAAACGCUGAUCCUAAUAACCCCAAUCCUACUCCUGUAGAAGUUGAGGCUAAACCCAAAAAGGCUCCCAAAGAACCAAAACCACCCAAAGAACCUAAACCUCCUAAAGAACCAAAGCCUCCCAAGGAACCUAAACCUCCCAAAGAGCCCAAGCCUCCUAAGGAACCAAAAGCUCCCAAAGAGCCUAAACCCCCUAAAGUUCCAAAGGAACCUAAACCAAUUAAAUAAAAAAUCAAGAAAGUGGCCUAACCUAAGAAAAAGAAGGAGAACUAAGAAAACGAAGAUAUCAGUGAUGAAGAAGAAUAAUAAGUUGUUUAGGAUGAUGUUGAAGACGAUGAUGAUUUCGUGGAUGAGGAGGAUUCAAUCGAAGACUUUUUAGCAGAUGAUGAUGAUUCUGAAGAUGAUUGA